AUGGCUAAUAUUUCAGAUUGUUUUCACAUGAAUUUUGUUUGUCUUAAAAUAUUCGGUUUAUGUUUUGGCAACAAACCAAACAAAUUUUAUAAGUGUUAUUCAGUAAUUUAUUUAUUUAUUACGUUGCCUAUUUAUUUUUCAUUACUUUCUCUCAAUUUAGUGUUUACACCCAAAAUGCUUGAGGUACUUAUAUAUGAAUUCAUAUAUUACUUCACUGAAUUUUCAGUACUUGCAAAAGUUUUCAUGGUGCUAAGAAAGCGAAAUGAACUCCGCGAAAUGAUGAAUUUAUUAGAUUGUGACGCUUUUAAGGGCGAUGAUGACACAAGUUCAGCGAUAGUCAAUAGAUACGUUAAUCAAUAUAAAAUUUAUUGGAAAGCGUACUCAAUUUUGUGUCAUUUUGCUUAUAUUUCUUUAUCACUGGCAUCACUUAUUCGUUUCAUAUUACAUUCGAAUAUCGAUCUACCGGUAUGUAAAUAUUAUUUCCUUGGAGAUGAAACCUUAGAACGUUAUUACGUUGUGUUUUGGUUAUACCAAUGCAUCGGUAUUUAUGGUCAUAUGAUGUAUAAUAUCAACGUAGACUUCUUGAUAAUUGGCUUGAUUAUGAUGGCAAUUGCUCAAGUGGAAGUUGUACAUCAUGAAAUUAGUUCGAGAGUUACAGAAGAAGGAGUUAGAGACGGUGAUGAAACAGCCGUAAUGACAAAACUCAAAGAGUAUUUGAAGCACUACGAAAUGUUGCUGAUUUACGCAUCAAAACUUCAAAAUUUAAUAUCUAUUACAAUGUUUAUACAACUAGGAGUUGCUUCAGCGAUUAUAUGCGCAAUACUAUGCAGACUAUCAGUGUCCGUGUCUGUGGAUCUUAUUUUAACGUUAACGCCAUUCAGUAGUGCAAUGAUUCUACAAAUUUUUUUACCGGCUUACCUCGGGACCCAGCUUAGCUAUAAGAGUGAAGAGUUAGUCUACGCAGCGUAUACAUCUGAGUGGAUUCAUAGAUCACAAAGUUUCAAGAGUAGUCUUAAUCUUUUCAUGCAAAGAGCUCAAGUGAAAAUAUCGUUGACUGGUUGUGGGUUACUUCCACUGACCUUGACCACCUUUACUUCGAUUAUGAAAACAGCGUACUCAUUUUUCACAUUAAUAAGAAAUUUCCAAGACCACGACUAA